AUGAAGCUGCUGGGUGCCGGGUUGGCUGCCGCCCUGCUCGGCCCCGCUGCCCGGGGGGAGCAGCCCCCCUGGCCGGACAAGCCUUCGCGGACCUGCUUCUUCCAGACGCUCAGCAGCGCGGACAGCGAGUUCUGCAGAGGGGAUUUGGAAAUUAUCUACCCGGAGCUGGGUGACGUGGGCUGCAUGUACAUCCCCAGGUGCCACCAGUACCGGCGGCGGAUCAGCAGGGAGUGGGGCAGCCCCCGUGUGCGGUACCCCCAGGCUGAGAAGUGGCAGAAAAACUCAGGGUUUGAGUAUGAAAACUUGUGUACGGGUAACACGCCGCGUUUCACGCUGCCCGUGCCGAAGGUCUCCGCCGCAGCCUUGAUGCUCCUUGGUGAAGGCGACGUCAACGUGUUUGUGG